UGUACUUAAAGACUAAGAUAUGUAUAUAUUGUAUUGUUUGUAAGUAGCAAAACUGCUUAUUACAUAUUGUAAAACUCGAAAUCUGCAUUCAAUUUCUGCAAUGUUAAUUACAUUUAGACUCCUGAAACGAUGAUGUCUUUAACCAGGUAAAUACUGAAAUAUCAUAAGUUGGUUCUCAAAUGGUUAACUUAUACAUGAUUUUUAUUUACUGUAGUGAAAUGAAAAAAUUGUCUGAAGAAAGCUUGGCCAAGCAGCCGGAAGAAGUGUUUGACAUAAUUUGUAAACUUGGAGAAGGAUCCUAUGGAAGUGUAUUUAAAGCACUUCACAAAGAAUCUGGUAAAGUAGUUGCUAUUAAGCAAGUAUCGGUUGACACUGAUAUUCAAGAAAUGUUAAAAGAAAUAUCCAUUAUGCAACAAUGCUAUAGCCCCUAUAUAGUUAAAUACUAUGGUUCAUAUUUUAAGAAUACUGAUUUAUGGAUUAUUAUGGAAUAUUGUGGUGCUGGUUCAGUAUAUGAUAUCAUGAGAUUAAGAAAAAAGACACUGUCAGAAGACGAAAUAGCUACUAUAUUGUCAGAUUCACUUAAAGGACUAGAGUACUUACAUAUAAGGAGACAAAUACACAGAGAUAUUAAAGCUGGAAAUAUAUUGUUAAACUCUGAAGGACAUGCUAAACUAGCUGAUUUUGGGGUUUCUGGACAGCUGAAUGAUAUAAUGGCCAAAAGAAAUACUGUAAUAGGAUCUCCAUUUUGGAUGGCACCUGAAGUUAUUCAAGAAAUAGGAUACAAUUGUGUUGCUGAUAUAUGGAGCUUAGGAAUAACUGCAUUGGAAAUGGCUGAAGGUAAGCCUCCAUACAGUGAUCUGAAUUCAGUGCGCGCCUUAUUCAUAAUACCAACUAAACCACCGCCUUCGUUUCAAGAACCAGAUAAGUGGUCCCCAGAAUUCAUCGAUUUCGUUAGUCAAUGUCUAAUCAAAAACCCAGAGGAACGAGCAACAGCCACAAAAAUGUUAAAACAUGAAUUUAUUGGUAACCCAAAGCCACCAGAAAUUUUAAGUCAAAUGAUUGCUGAAGCAAGAGAAAAUCAAAUUCUCCGUUGUAAUGCAUCAUGUUUAGUAAAAUCAGCUGAAUCCGAAGAUCCUAAAGUAAUUUCCUUGGAUGAGUAA